CCCGGCCAAGGAGACGCUGUUGGCCGCCGCUUCUUUCGCCGUCGCCGCUUGCAGCCGGCAACGUAGCAGCGUCCCGCCGAGGCGGACCGGGCCCUCGUCCGCGCAGCGCAUCGUGAAGGAAGCUCGGCCGGCUCUCCGCGAGGCUUCGUCGCCGACGAGUGAAUACCUCCCGCCGGCGGAUCGUCCGCCGUGACUCGUGGAACGCUUGCGCGCUGACCGUGUGAUGCAACGUGGCCCCGAUACGACGCUUCGCCUCCUGCCAUGAUGAGGGCUCUUCAUCGCGGACCGCCUUCAGCGUUGCUCGAUUGACGUGUUGCUCACAGGACUCAGUGAGUGGCGCGCCCGAUAAGCUGGCCGUCUCUCUAUUCCGACCACCGUGACGCUCGACCGCGGCGCUGUUGUCACUCUCCUUAUCGUACCUCUUUCGACGGAUCCCGACGGCAGUGUAUUGUUUGCUUAUCGUCGUGUCCGCGCGUGCAUUGCCGGAACUGCUACGGCACGACGCCUGAUCUGGUAUCGCCACUUUGAGAAAAGGAGGCUCGCGUUAGCAGACGCAGUUGAUAUCAUUCGUCGUGUGACAAUACAUUGAACACCCAGGUCUUGCUGUGCACCGAUAGACUAUUUGUGCCGCGUUCGAGAAAUGGAUAGAACGACGGGGUUUUUAUGACCCUUCCCAUCGACUGACACAACUGUUUGGUGCAUCACGGCCUGGGCGUGGUUCCUGCACUUUUUUGUCUGUUCACCGCGAACGCUUCGUGGUGACGAGUGUGUGGGUUGAAGUUGUCUCCCUCUCCGACAUCUGGUUUCUACGGCAGAGCGCGGAGGCUAUCAUCGCUGCUUCUUAAGUUCCACGCUACCGACCAAGGCUAUCCUCGGACAACGCAUCUGCCAGCGGUGCUCCGCCAUGGUGGGCCUGGCGAAGACGUCUUCCUCGGCCGGCUUGUCGGCAUCGCGAGCCGACCUGUUCCGCACCGUCUCAUCGGCCGGUGCCGCCGCGCUAAUGGGCGGCGGAGGCACCGGAGUCCACUAUCUCGUCGAGCUCUGGAGAAACGAUCAAUAUGACAAGAUAUCCCAGCACACUCAUCAGGGCCUGCAGUUUCUAGAGAAUUUUAGUCAAUUCAUCAAGGACCGUUCUACAAUCGAGACGGACUAUGCUGCGCGACUCAGGAAGCUUGCAAAGAGCUAUCAACCCAAGAAGAAAGAUGAUGAGGACAAUGGUUACACGUCAUCAAAGGCAUUCUGCUUGGUCUUGAAUGAAAUCAACGACAUUGCUGGCCAGCAUGAACUCAUCGCAGAGAACCUCUCUACGAGCAUAAACAGAGAAGUCGCCACACUCAUCAAGGAGCUUAAAGAGGAACGCAAGAGGCUUUUGUCAGAAGGCUCCAAACUGCAGACAGCUCUGCAGAAUUCUGUAACAUCUCUUGACAAGAGUAAAAAAUACUAUGAGAAAAUGUUCAGAGAAGCAGAAAAGGCUCAAGAGGCAUUUGCUAAGGCCGACGCAGACCUUCAGCUCUCCAGGGCAGACUUGGAAAAGGCAAAACAAAACUCGCUGGCUAAAAACAAAGCUUGCGAAGACUCAAAAACGGAUUAUGCAAAUCAGCUACAGAAGACAAACCUGCUCCAACGAAAGCAUUAUACUGAACUCAUGCCAAAAGUGUUUGAGCAACUGCAGAGCUUAGACGAACGAAGAACGGCAUCUCUACAGAACUACAUGAAGAAAGCAGCAGAGAUUCACCGAGAAGUCAUUCCUAUCAUUAUCAAGUGUCUCGACGGAAUUGUAGUAGCGGCAGACUCCAUAGACCCAAAAAAGGAUGCUGAAACAGUGGUGGAGAAGUACAAGUCUGGCUUUGUGCCAGCUGACGACUUUCCUUUCGAGGACUUGAGUGUAACGCGCAACUGUGACUCGAGCAGCACGACAGGCAGCACUGUGAACUCAUCGUUCCGAGGCACUGGGGACACGGUUCGGGGCACCAUCUCCGCUGGCAAGAAGAAGCGGUCAGGCCUGUUUGGAAUUUUCAGCUCAAACAAGAACAACAUUGAUGAAUUCAAGGAUGACUACAGCAAUCUGCCUCCAAAUCAGCGGAGAAAAAAGCUGCUGCAGGAGCUGGACAAGACACGAACACAGAUUAACACACUUACGCAAGCUAGAGAGGGCCUCUACAAGCUGAAGGGUUCAUAUGAACAGAAUGCAGCUCUGGGAGACCCUCAGACUAUCCAGGGAGAGAUAAAUGACAUUGGUGCCAAGCUUGAGAAGCUCCAAACAGAUUUGGAGAAGUAUCAGAACUACCUGACAGAGGUGGACAGCCAGAUGGCAACUCCCGAUACACAGAAGCGCUACCGUAACAGCUUCUCGGAAGGCUCAUUGUCGCGCAGUGCCUCUGAGUCUAGCGUCUCGAAUAACCACCAGAACAACAACAAAGGACCUCCAACGCCCAUCACAGCGCAUAACAACAGCACGGCCUGUCGUCCGGAAAGUGGCCUUGGAACAAGUCACACAAGCAUCCCUGAUGACGAUGGGGACUUCGAAGAGAAUGGCUACGAAGUGGACUCAUUUGAGGCAGAACUCUUGCCACCUCUUGGUCGGGCGGUGGCCAUCUACGCUUUCGAUGCCCAGAGUGAGGGCUCCAUCCCAAUGGAGGAAGGGGAGGAGUUCCUAGUGGUGGAAGUAGACCAAGGAGACGGGUGGACACGGGUGCGGCGAGAAAACCUCGAGGAGGGCUUUGUUCCCACCUCCUACCUCGAGUGCACUAUGUUCAACAGCUGCUAGCCCUCCUCUUCUACACUUCUGCCAGUCUAUAUAGGCGUGGUCCUUUGUUGGUUUUUUUGUGCAUUCCUCUUCGCCAGAUAUGGAUCAGACAGGGAAGAGUGGCUCUGAACAGCAGAAGCCUCUGCAGAAAAAUAAGGUGGAAGCCACAGCUUCGACACUCUCAGUAUUCCCUUCAUUUGUGGCACCAGUGGCCACGUAGGGAUGCCAGCACUUUAAUUUAUCGCCCACCGCUGCACAGGUAGAGAGGGAGAGAGAAAAAAGUGAUGGGGGUGGGCAGAAAUGCACUUGUAGCUGAUCCUUCUCUGUAGUCACAUGCUCAUGUAGGGAGAAGGCUGAUAGUGCCGAAAUUGUAUUGAGCGUUUGUAUAUCUACUAGUUCAUAUCUGUGUGUAUGUAUUGUGUGCAUAUGUGUGCAUGUAUGACUAUGGACAGAAAUGGAGAAAUGUGAGGCUUUGUAUGAACUGUUUACAUGACUGCAUUUGAGUUCACUUAGGAACAACAACAAAAAAAAACUUAAGGCCAGCAUAUUCAAAUGCUUUCUUUGGAAGCACCUCGUUUUAUUUUUAAGGAGAGAGAGAGGGGGGCAUGUCUGUUGCAGUUGUGUGUUGGUUUCUGCGAGGCCAUGAAAAGUGACAUGGGGCUUGCCCCAAUACCUGUUACUACUAGUAAUAAUGCAUGAGACAGUUCUCUAGAAAUGGUCGAAACCAUGUGCUACCAUCUGGGUUAUGCUAAAUUGUAUAUAGUUAAGAGAAUCCAUUGUUUCAUCUUUCUUCUUGACUUGUGCAGUCGGCAUUUGAGGCAGUGAGUGAAUUUCAAUGUUGCCGCUAAUGACACUGUGAGCAGACCUGCUGAAGUAAGUGCAUUGCAGCAACACGUGGCGCAUGAAGCAGCACCACCUGAAAUUUCAAAUGUCCUCUCCUGAAGUGACUAACUGAGAAUGUGCAACCGAAGUGGUACACUUGGCAGUGCCUUGUAUGCUUUCUUUUUUUGUCUAUUUAUAUUAAAAAUGGCAUUAGUUUAUGGUGGUUUUAACUUGUCUGCGGCUGGCCAUUUGUCUCCUCCUUAUGCGGUAGUGAGAAACAACAACUUCCUUUUGGAAGUUCACUGCAAAACUGUCAGAGUGCCCAUGUACUGUUAGUGGCCUAUCUAUCACUGCUAAAAUGAGGCAGUAGCAAUUUGCCGCUUGUUUCACCAGAAUUAUCAAUAGUAACACCAGCACUAUUGUCAGAUGGUGGUCAAGGAUGUCUGCACAGGCCCAAUGAGUUCCGUUCAUUUGGCCACCUUUGGGUAUGUUCAUGUUGAGACGAACCAAGAGUUGUGCUUCUAGCAGACUAUGAUGAGUAACCUUUCACUCUAAUGAUAAAGCCUUCUGAGAUGCAGGAAUUUCUCAUUAUAUUGAAGAAGUCUCAUUGAAGAGAAGCAUUUUGACUACAUUGUUCCCUAGAACUUCCUAUACUCAAAUACUGUGGAAGUUGCACUACCUUUAAGCUGAAGGGGCCUGCAGUGCAUCAGAUGGGAUGUCGCUGUUUUAGCCGAAGUCAAAAGCAAGCGGCAUUAGGAGCAACACCAGCUUAGCCGUGUGUGCACAAGGUUCACAUCAUGCUUAGUAGCACUACACUUGGCUUCACUCGAUAUGCCUAGGUUUUGAGAAACCAACUGCUGACACUUGUUACUCAAGUCAUCACCGCUGUUGAACUCUCUUUUGUAGAACUCUUUCUAUUUUUGACAUUGACUGUAUUAUGUGCAAAUUCAAAGGUUAUUUUUUCCAUGUCCUUUACAAGCACAAAAUUGUUUUGCUACUGUGCCCAACCAGCUACAAGGCUUGCAGUCCAUCUGGAGUGUGUGUGCAUGCUAGUGUUGUGUGUGUAUUAGUUGCAUGAGAGGGUACUCUCCCUGUGCUGAAAUAUCUGCGUGCCAUACACAUACGAAUAUGGUGGUAGUACACAAGAACUGCAAUGGCAGUUGUGCAUGGUUGUUGUAGUGUGCUGGGUGGCUGCCUAUUGAAUCAACUAGGAUGAACUUGUUUGCCCCACUCUUGCUAAGUGGAACUUGCCACAAGGUUGAUGACACAUUCACUGUUCCAUCAUGCAAUAACUAUUGUUAUGCACCUUCAUGCAAAGAUGAUGUUGUAGGCCAUUUCUUGGUGUCAGCUCGUUUGCUUACAUUCUGUUUCCACCACGUUUAUGUUAAAGCUGGGCUAGCGAACAACUGCUCACUUUGAACUUCUGUGGGAAAUACAUUUGAUUGGACUUGUACGAACUUGGGUUUGACUGUGUCAGCAUGGCUCAUCCUAUUGUUAACUUGUUAACUUCAGGGGCCUCACCUAAUCAAUGUGUUGCAGGCUCCAUAGAUGUCUGCAUCAAUCAUUUUGCAUACAGGUGUAUUACUCUUAGUUUUCAUAACUUGCCAACCGGUAGUCCUUUUUAAAACCUCGAAGGCAAGAAGGUCUGGCCUUUUAACCAUUGGCUGACAGUCCAACUAAUAAGCCACACAAAUACUUCGUGGCUAGUUGUAAGCUAACCUUGGGGGAAGUGGUCUGUACAUUUUACAGUCGGACACACCUUCUGUGUUGCGUGCACACAGGGAAGAUUCUUGUUCAGCAUAUACCAGGUGACACUGUGGUCCACCAUACAUGUAAAUAUGUGCAACUCUUAUCAAGUGUCCGAGUGGCCCAUUGAUGGGGACUAAAUACUGUAGAGAUGAGCAUUCUCAUUUAUUUUUACAACACUGUGGCGCCCUGCCAAAAUUUUUUCGCAAAUUAUUCUUGCAUGCUAUGCAUGGAGUGUAGUUGCGUCAUGAUCUGUCGUGUGUUUUUAUGUUUAACUUUUCCUUCUUUUUUUUUUCAUCUUUGCACAUUGAAGUAGCCUACCUAGCUUUUUAAGAGCUUGCAAUGUUUUCUGUUGUUUAAAUAUAGAGAGUAAUACUACUACUCUCUGCAAAUGGUCCCAUGAGUGCUGGUAUUUGUCUGUCACAAAAGUAUAUCCAAGACUUUUAGUUGCUUUAUCUCCUGCUUCCUCUACACUUGCUUGCAAUCAGCAACAGUGGGACAAACAAAAAAUUUCGACAGUGUGCAGACUUUGACUUGUGUUUUUCUCCUGCUGUGAGUGACUCGGCAGAUAAGCUUCGCUGACUCUGCAUAAGGACCCAGUCUUGUCUUGUUUUGUUAGAAGAUUCUGUGUUGCAUGCAUAGAGCUUUUAUUUCUCAAACCGAACUGCUAUUGUGUGCUCCUAAAUAAGCUAUGAAGGCUUGUUGCAAGGAGUGCACUUUUCACUCAGUUACAGUGGCUUGUUGUUUCCUGUUUUUAAUUAGUACGAGAGAAUGAUCAUGUGUGAAUAUAAAGUGCUGCAGUUUUUGAGCUACAUAUUUUUAUGAUGUCUACUGACUGGUGCUGUCAUCAACAGUGCAGUGUCCUGAACAAACGACGUAUUGUGUAACAUUUAUGUAAAUACAGAUGUGUACUUGUCAGUGACCGGGUGUGUGCGACUAUUGCAAAAGCCACACGAAUGAAUUCAUUUCAAAAAACUGUUCCGCUCCUUCCCUUAAUAUCUGUUUUCCUUGUUUUUCUUUUCUACCAUGACUUUAUGGUAAGAUGUUUUAGUGCUUGUUUAGUUAAGUGUGCCCUAGGUAGUGCGGUGGCAAAAAUGUGUUUAAAUGUUAUCUUAAAGUAUUAAUGUCUCAUAGUGAGUCAGCAGUAUGCAGGGUGUGAAGAUAGCCUUUAAUAUUGCAACCUGGAUGACUAAAUGAAAGGUCUUUGUGCUGUGCAAGAGAAAAAAAAGUGCUUGCAGAUUGUCUGUAGUAAAUUGAAUUUGCAUGUGAGUGAAUGGUGAAGUUGCCUUGCUGCUGUGAUUUUUGCUGCCACCUUUUUUUUUGUGCGUGUUUUCUCCCACCCAAUAUCUGUUGAUGUCCCAGCUACAUUUAUGAAUGACAAUAAAAAUUGUUGACGUA